AUGACGCAGCAGCGCGACGCAGAACAGCAGCGGGUCGCGAUUCGAGUGGGAGCCCUUUGUGGGAAGUUCCCGGACUCGAGAGGCGAAUGCGAUCUGGCCAGAAACGUGGCAGCGGCCAUGGAUUCAGUGAGAGUCCAGCCGAGCCAUGCAAGGUUUUGUAUGCGAACGCGUUCUGGGAAGUACAUCUUAGAGCCGCUUGAUUUAGAACUUGAAAGAACUCGUAGAAUAAUAAGAAGUGAAAAAGGAUCAGGAACAAUGGGUGACCGAACAGAUAUUGAGAAGCUGCAGGAGAUGGUGAAGUUGCUGAUGGAUGAGAGAGAUGCGGAGAGAGCAGCCCGAGAAGCCAUGGAAAAGAAGAACAGAGAAACAUUACCUGUGAUGAACAUGUUCAAUCAUGGGAAUAUGAUCACUUUUCCUAACGGCCCUCGUAUUGAUGCUAACAAUUUUGAGUUACGCAUGCCCCUUAUCCAAAGGGUCGAGCAAACUCCUUUUGCAGUGUUUGUUAUACCUGAAUGUUCUCCACAAUUGAAGCCUGUGAUUGGUCAGAAGUUCCAAUCCCUAGAUUUUGCGUUUGCGUUUUAUGAUGUGUAUGCCCGCUCUGUUGGGUUUGAUACGCGCAAACAAGGAAUGAGGAAGGCGGCGGAUGGUGUUACUACUUGGUAUUCUGUGGUAUGCAAUAGGGAGGGCUGCAAGAGGUCGAACGAGGAAGACGAUGUGAAUGCACGCUCUGGUUUUACUCUUAAACGCAGGCGGCUUUCCAAGCGAUGUGGUUGUAAAGCUUGUAUAUCCUUCAAGCCCCACACUACCUUUAAGGUGUUGAAGGAAAUCCUCGGUGGGUUUGAGCUUGUCGGUUGCAAUGUUGGGGGAAUCAGGAACACAUCUCGCGACAUCAAAGCCUUCGCACACGGUUGUGACGUGCAGAUGGUGUUGGACGACAUGUCGAAGAAGAAGGAGUUGUCGGAUGCCUUCACAUAUCACUACGAAGUUAAUGCUGCUAACCAGUUGGUUGCCCUUUUUUGGUGUGAUGGUUUGAUGAAGAGGAACUACCAUAUGUUUGGUGACAUAGUGGCGUUUGACUCCACUUACAACACAAACAGGUAUUGCAUGAUCUUCACACCUUUCACGGGGAAGGACAAUCAUGGUAAACCCGUAACAUUUGCUGCUGGAUUGGUCUGCAACGAGAAAACAGGGGCCUUUGCCUGGUUGUUCAAACAUUUCGUCGAAUGCAUGGGUGUAGCCCCCAAAAUGAUUGUGACCGAUCAAGACUUGGGCAUGAGAUCAGCUAUUCAAGAGCGGAAUGCUAGAACAAAGCUGGACUACAACGAUGCUACUUCCGUGCCCAUACUGGCCACUAAGUUGGGUUUCGAGAAACAUGCUGCGACGCUUUAUACAGACAGUAUGUUCGGGAAGAUACAAGAAGAAAUUGUUGAUGGGAAUGACAGAUGUCGUGUGCUUGGUUUUUCAUCAACAGAUACGAUUGACACCUACAAGCUUGGGGAUAGCCGACGGAAUUCCUCCGCGAGCCGACUGGUUUCAAAGAGAGAAAAGGCUAUAAAGGAGGCUGUUAGGCCUCUUAGACGUUGUAAGGCGUGCGAUGAGUUGGACCAUCACGACUCUAGAAACUGUCCAAUGCUUAAAGAGAUGGAGAAGGAGAAAGCGCUUAGUAAAGGCAAGAGGAAAGCUUGA